CGGACGUCACUCAGCUGCGCUGCUGUCGGUGCUCAAAGUUGUUGUUAAUUUUAUUAAAAAUCGUCUGUUUUUAAAGAAGAAUCUAUAAUUUAAUCCACCGGAGAGACACCAUGGCGACCACCAUCAGCACUCAGCGGGGACAGGUGUAUAUCGGGGAGCUUCCUCAGGACUUCCUGCGGAUCACUCCCACCCCGCAGCAGCAGGUGCAGCUGGACGCUCAGGCAGCCAGACAGCUGCAGUACGGAGGAUCGAUAGGCACUGUGGGGCGACUCAGCAUCACUGUGGUCCAGGCCAAACUGGCUAAAAACUACGGCAUGACUCGGAUGGAUCCGUACUGUCGGAUCCGACUGGGCUACGCAGUCUACGAGACGACGACUGCUCACAACGGGGCCAAGAACCCGCGCUGGAACAAGGUGAUCCAGUGCACGGUGCCUCCGGGAGUGGACUCCUUCUACCUGGAGAUCUUCGAUGAGAGAGCGUUCUCGAUGGACGACAGGAUAGCGUGGACUCACGUCACCAUCCCCGAGGGUCUGAGGGAGGGCAACGUGGUGGACGAGUGGUUCAGCCUCAGCGGCAGGCAGGGCGACGACAAGGAGGGCAUGAUCAACCUGGUCAUGUCUUUUGCUUCGUUACCAGCAGGGAUGAUGACUCAGCCUGUGGUCCUGAUGCCGUCUGUGUAUCAGCAAGGAGUCGGAUAUGUGCCCAUUGCAGGAGUGCCUGCAGUCUACAACCAGGGCAUGGUGCCCAUGGCGAUGCCGGCGGCGGUGCCAGCUGGAGGUCAGGGCCAGGUGUGCAGCGAGGAGGACCUGAAGGCUCUGCAGGACAUGUUCCCCAACCUGGACAAGGAGGUGGUUCGCACUGUACUGGACGCACAGCAGGGCAACAAGGACGCUGCCAUCAACUCUCUGCUGCAGAUGGCUGAGGAGCUUUAACUGCACAACACACACGCACAUGCAUGCACACACAGACUGUCCACCCUCUGCACACACACACGCACGCACACACAGACUGCUCG